AUGCUCCUUCAAAAAAUUGCAGAAGGCCCAGUGGGUAGCAGCCAUGAACUUGGAAGUAACAGCCCUCCGCAGAGGAACUGGAAGGGAAUUGCUAUUGCGCUGCUGGUGAUUCUAGUUGUUUGUUCACUCAUCACUAUGUCUGUCAUUCUUUUAACCCCAGAUGAACUCGCAAAUUCUUCAGAAACCAGAUUGUCCUUGGAAGAUCUCUUCAGAAAAGAGUUCAUAGUUCAUAAUCCAGAAGCCAAAUGGAUUAAUGAUACAGCAGUGAUGUAUAAAAAUAGGAAUGGACAUGUUGUUGAACUGAAUGUAGAAACAAAUACAACUACAUUGUUAUUGGAAAAUACAACUUUUGUAACAUUCAAAGCAUCAAGAUACUCAGUUUCACCAGACUUAAGAUUUGUUCUUCUUGCGUAUGAUGUUAAACAGGUUUUUCAUUAUUCUUAUACUGCUUCAUAUGUGAUUUAUAACAUACACACAAGGGAAGUUUGGGAGUUAAACCCUCCAGAAGUAGAGGAUUCAGUUUUACAGUAUGCAGCCUGGGGCGUCCAAGGACAGCAACUGAUUUAUAUUUUUGAAAACAACAUCUACUAUCAGCCUGAUGUAAAGAGUAGCUCAUUGCGCCUGACAUCUUCAGGAAAAGAAGGAAUUAUUUUUAAUGGAAUUGCAGACUGGUUAUAUGAAGAGGAACUUCUUCAUUCUCAUGUUGCCCACUGGUGGUCUCCAGAUGGUGAAAGACUGGCAUUUCUGACCAUAAAUGACUCUCUGGUACCGAACAUGGUUAUUCCCCGGUUUACCGGAGGUCUAUAUCCAAAAGGAAAGCAGUAUCCAUAUCCUAAGGCAGGUCAAACAAACCCAACAAUAAAGCUGUUUGUAGUUAAUCUGUAUGGACCAGCACAUACACUGGAACUGAUGCCACCUGACAGCUUUAAAUCAAGGGAAUAUUACAUCACCAUGGUGAAAUGGAUAAGCAACACCAAGGCUGUGGUGAGAUGGUUAAACAGACCUCAGAAUAUCUCCAUCCUUACAGUUUGUGAAACCACAACUGGCGCUUGCAGCAGGAAAUAUGAAAUGCAGUCAGACCUGUGGCUUCCUAAACAGAACGAAGAACCAGUUUUCUCCAAGGAUGGCAGUAAGUUCUUCAUGACCGUCCCAGUGAAGCAGGGAGGCCGGGGCGAAUUUCACCACAUAGCCAUGUUUAUUGUUCAGGCUAAAAGUGAACAAAUCAGUGUGAGACACCUGACAUCAGGAAACUGGGAAGUUAUCAAAAUCCUGGCAUAUGAUGAAAAUACUCAAAAGAUUUAUUUCUUAAGCACUGAAGAAUCCCCAAGAGGAAGACAGCUACAUAGUGUAUCAACAGUGGGAUCAUUGAAUCGUCAGUGUCUCUCAUGCAACUUCUUGAAAGACCAGUGCACAUACUUCAGUGCAAAGUUUAGCCCCAUGAAUAGGCAUUUUUUACUGCACUGUAAAGGGCCAGGCGUUCCAGUUGUUAGCGUGCACAGUACCAGUAAUGCUGCAAAGUUUUAUAUUUUGGAAAAUAAUGCUGUGUUGAAAGAAGCUGUUUUUAAGAAAAAGAAUUCCAGGUCUGAAAUUAAAAUGCUUCACAUUGAGGAUUACGAACUCCCUUUACAGUUGUCACUGCCAAAAGAUUUCACGGAUCGAAACCAGUAUGCCCUUCUAUUAAUAAUUGAUGAAGCUCCAGGCAGCCAGUUGGUUACAGAUAAGUUUCACAUUGACUGGGACUCAGUGCUUGUCAACUCUGAUAAUGUCAUCGUAGCUCGAUUUGAUGGCAGAGGGAGUGGAUUUCGAGGCCUUAAGAUUCUACAGGAGGUCCACCGACGCUUAGGAUCAGUGGAAGUGAAGGACCAAAUAGCAGCCGUAGAAUCACUAUUGAAACAGCCCUUCAUUGAUCCUAAGAGACUGAGUAUAUUUGGAAAGGGAUACGGUGGCUACAUUACAUCAAUGAUCCUGAAAUCCAGUGAACGGCUCUUCAAAUGUGGAGCUGUGGUGGCACCAAUUACAGAUAUGAGGUUGUAUGCAUCAGCUUUUUCAGAAAGAUACCUUGGUAUUCCAUCAAAAGAGGAAAAUACCUAUCAGGCAUCCAGCGUAUUACACAAUCUUCACGGUUUAAAAGAAGCAAAUUUGCUAAUAGUUCAUGGGACAGCUGAUACUAAAGUCCACUUCCAGCAUUCAGCAGAACUAAUUAAACAUCUAAUAAAAGCUGGAGUUAAUUACACUAUGCAGAUCUACCCGGAUGAAGGUCAUAACAUUGCUUCUGAGAAAAGCAAAUAUCACCUCUACAGCACAAUCCUUGGGUUUUUUAGUGCUUGUUUAAAGGAGGAGGCACCAAUUUUACCACAGGAACCUGAAGAGGAUGAGUAA